AUGAAGAAGGCCAUCAACGUUGUGGUGGAGAACUUCAACACCAUGCGCACGGGUCGUGCCAACCCCGCGAUCCUCGACAAAAUCAUGGUGGACUACUAUGGCGUGCCCACGCCCCUCAAGUCCCUGGCUUCAGUAGCGGUGCCUGAUGCCAGCACCCUGAUCGUGUCUCCCUUUGACCGCAGCGGCCUGCGCGAUGUUGAGAAGGCGAUUCUGGAGAGUGACAUCGGCAUCAACCCCAACAACGACGGGGAGAAGAUCCGCCUCAACAUACCCCCCAUGACACAGGACCGCCGCAAGGAGUUGUCCAAGAAGGUCUCCAAAAUGGGUGAGGACGGCAAGGUGGCGGUGCGCAACGUGCGCAAGGAUGCGAUGAAGCGUCUGGACAAGCACGACUUCCCAAAGGACUCGCGCAAGGACCUGGAGGACAGCAUCCAGAAGAUCACCGACAGGUACGUCAAGGCCGUGGACGACCUCAUCAAGACCAAGAGCGAGGAGCUCAUGAAGGUCUGA